GGAAACAUUUCCCUGAUUGACCGCUAGGUGUUAUGGGUAUUGUGAUGCCUCCUCUGUGGGGCUCUAUUUCGUAUUUGUUUUCACUGUUUAAUCAAAACCAUUUAACUUUUUAGACAAUGGUGACAUAUUCGUUUAUAAUUCACGAAUUAGCCACGAUAAUCCAAAAACAUAAGAAAUGACUGUAUCUAGAUCAAACAGCCCCUGUGGCGUCAUAACGUGGUAGCUAGCGUCUUCCAAAAUGGCGUCCAGAUAUUAUCAAGAGAUGCAAGAGAGUUUCAGAAAUAACAACAAAAGCAGGGAAUUCCCUGCGCAUACCGCUAAAGUUCAUUCCGUAGCAUGGAGUUGCGACGGCAGGAGGUUGGCAUCUGGGUCUUUUGAUAAAACAGCAAGCGUAUUUGUCUUGGAAAAAGACCGUUUGGUGAAAGAGAACAACUACAGAGGCCAUGGAGACAGUGUUGAUCAGCUGUGUUGGCAUCCUACCAACCCAGACGUGUUUGUCACUGCAUCAGGGGACAAGACCAUACGCAUCUGGGACGUCAGAACAACAAAGUGCACGGCUACUGUCAACACUAAAGGGGAAAACAUCAAUAUCUGCUGGAGUCCUGACGGCCAAACGAUAGCCGUUGGGAACAAGGAUGAUGUGGUUACCUUCAUCGACGUCAAAUCACACCGGUCACGGGCUGAGGAGCAGUUUAAGUUUGAAGUCAACGAGAUCUCAUGGAAUAAUGACAACGACAUGUUCUUUCUCACCAAUGGAAACGGGUGCAUCAACAUCUUGAGUUACCCUGAGCUGAAGCCCAUCCAGUCGAUCAACGCCCAUCCCUCCAACUGCAUCUGCAUCAAGUUUGACCCCACGGGGAAGUACUUUGCCACAGGAAGUGCAGAUGCUCUGGUCAGUCUGUGGACCGUUGAAGAACUGGUCUGUGUUCGCUGUUUUUCCAGGUUGGACUGGCCAGUGAGGACAUUGAGUUUCAGCCAUGAUGGGAAGAUGUUGGCUUCAGCCUCAGAGGACCACUUCAUAGACAUAGCAGAGGUUGAAACAGGAGAGAAGCUGUGGGAGGUCCAGUGUGAGUCUCCUACAUUCACAGUAGCCUGGCAUCCUAAGAGACCGCUGUUGGCCUACGCAUGUGAUGACAAGGAAGGGAAGUACGACAACAAUAGAGAGGCAGGCACUGUCAAACUGUUUGGAUUACCUAAUGAUUCCUGAGUGGGAUAGUGAGGCAGGCGCUGUCAAACUGUUUGGAUUACCUAAUGAUUCCUGAGUGGGAUAGUGAGGCAGGCACUGUCAAACUGUUUGGAUUACCUACUGAUUCCUGAGUGGGAUAGUGAGGCAGGCGCUGUCAAACUGUUUGGAUUACCUAAUGAUUCCUGAGUGGGAUAGUGAGGCAGGCGCAGUCAAACUGUUUGGAUUACCUAAUGAUUCCUGAGUGGGAUAGUGAGGCAGGCGCUGUCAAACUGUUUGGAUUACCUAAUGAUUCCUGAGUGGGAUAGUGAGGCAGGCACUGUCAAACUGUUUGGAUUACCUAAUGAUUCCUGAGUGGGAUAGUGAGGCAGGCGCUGUCAAACUGUUUGGAUUACCUAAUGAUUCCUGAGUGGGAUCAAACGCACACGUCUCUUGAUUCACUCUUUAAACUGAGUUUAUGCAGAUGAUUGGCCCUACUUUGUGGAGGCAUGUUACCUAUCCCUGUGCUGUAAGACUUAUUCUUUAUAUGUUCAAUACAACAUCCUUGACUUUUGUUCCUUUUAAAUACAGCCAGAAGGGAUGUCUGUAUAAAUACCUCCGUCAUGUAAACUGAUAUUUCUCCAUAAGUCAAAUCCUCAAUGUUCUUCUGUUUUUUUUAUUUCUAGAAAGAGUGCCAUCUUAGAUGUAAAAUGAACAGAUAAUUACAGCGAUUCUGCAAAGGAAAGAGGGUCUCGAGUUGCCCUUAAGGGAAGAGUUAAAACAUCAUUUACUCUCUGUAGUGAGGGGGAAAACACUAGUGUUCUCUUUGAAACCACCAGAUGGCAGUGCAUCCCAAUGAUGAAAUAGUUGUUUGUUUGUGUAGAGUUUUCUACAUGACUGUUUCUCCAUACAGUUUGCAAUUACACACAGUGCUGUAUCACAUUUUGUUGAAACAGUAAAUAUAUAUUUUUAUAUAUUAAAACAACAGUCUUGUAUACUUGUCUUUGUUGAACAUAUCAAGGUAUAAAACUAAUAUGGUGCAUUGUAUGUCUGCUGUCUAGAUUUAGUGGGUUAUUUCACUAAGAGGGGACUGUAUCUCAGCCAGGAAAUGGUGAUUCAUUGCAGGCUAUGGCAUGAAGAUGUUGUGUAACUAAAUGCAUUUAUGUAAUGUACACAGAGAUGGUGGGUGUGAGGUCUUGGACUUGAUAUGUUAGCCUACCCUCUGUAUCACAGCUCCCACACAUCAACCAGCACAAGACCAUAUUAUCUUAACUGGGUGAAUAUGAUGCCCUGCCAACUAAGUACAGUAUACAGUCCGGUCCAAAGAUGUACCAAAGAGACUUUCAAAUAAAUCAUACAAGGUCUGGGUUAUAUAGCAUUUUCCUGUCCAAUGAUGCAAAAAAAAUAUAUAUAAUUAAAAUAUUUUAUACUAAUACAACUGCUCAGAGAAAUAUAUUUUGUUUAACAAGUAAUACUUUUUCCCCCUCAGAUGUUUUCAAUACCUCACCUUUUGAGUAUAAUGGCACUGAGCCUUUUUUUCUAAAAUGUAUCAGAUUGGAGAACACGUUGGGAGGGAUCAUAGACCAUUGAUAUCCUUCAUCUGCGCUUAGGGACGGCCCUCAUCAAGUUCCGGAGAAUGAGAUGGCUAUUGCAAUAUGUUUGUUUUAUUUUGUGGUCGAUUUAACAUUUCUUUGUGUAUUUUGAUGUGCGCUUGGGGUUAUUGUCUUGCUAGAAGAUCCACUAUCUUUUUGAGAAAAAAAUGUAUUUGUUUUACAAAAUGUCUUUUAUUUUUCUUAAUUUGUAUUAGUAUAAAAUAAUAAAAUGUCCCAACUUUUUGAACAAUCUA